AUGGUAGCAUUUAAGUGGCAUUUUGCGGAUAGUUCAGCCAUGUACGUGUGGGAUGGUCGUGCCACAGUGCUGAUCCUAACCGUUCAGAACAAGAUCCUGAAUAACUGCAGUGAAGCUGCCCAAGACAGGUUGGGAACAGGGAAACUAAGUGAAAAUGAACUGCGUGGCAAGGUUGUCUGGGUGACAGGAGCUUCAAGUGGAAUUGGAGAAGAAUUGGCUUACCAGCUAUCAAAGAUAGGAGCCUUGCUUGCCAUCUCAGCAAGAAGAGAGGAUGAGCUUGAAAGAGUGAAAAAGAAAUGCCUUCAGAUCAGCAGCUUGAGUGAAAAAGAUAUCCUUGUUCUGCGUCUUGACUUGACUGAUAGAAGCUCUCAUGAAGCUGCUACCAACAGUGUUCUUAAGCAUUUUGGCAAGAUUGAUGUUUUGGUCAACAACGGUGGACGUUCCCAACGCUCUCUGUUCGUGGAUACAAACCUGGAUGUCUACAGUGCCAUAAUGGAACUCAACUACCUAGGUACAAUCUCUUUAACAAAACACGUCCUGAAUCACAUGAUCCAAAGGAAAAAAGGAAAGGUUGUUACUGUGAGCAGUGUGAUGGGUAUCAUGGGAGCUCCUCUUGCCUCCGGGUACUGUGCCAGCAAGCAUGCUCUGCAGGGUUUUUUUAAUUCUCUUCGGACUGAGCUGACUGACUACCCUGAGAUAAGUAUUAUCAACAUAUGCCCAGGGCCUGUACAGUCUAAGAUUAUACAAAACGUCUUUACGGAGAACCUUGCAAAGUCCAUAGAGAACAGCGGUGAUCAGUCCCACAAGAUGCCAACCAACCGCUGCGUCCGGCUCACCCUGGUGAGCGCAGCCAACGACCUGAAGGAGGCUUGGAUCAGUGACCACCCCUAUCUGGCCGUUUGCUACCUCUGGCAGUAUGCACCCACUUGGGCUUGGUGGUUGAUGAACAGAAUGGGCAAGAGGAGGAUACAGAACUUCAAGAGCGGAGUGGAUGCUGACGCCUCUUACUCAAGGAAGAAGAAGUAAGGACAAACAUGUACAAAAUCCUGCUUGUGCUAAGGCUGAGAAACUCUUCAUACUGCGUGACUGCAAACAAAAGCUUUUUUUAUCUGUUGUACCUUUGUCAUCAUGUAACUUGACAAGUCUAUCAAGCUGUAUACACAUUUGACUAAAUAAAAAACUCUUUCUAA